AUGUGCCUCGUUUUGAAUGACCGUUGCCUGGUGCACCAAAGCCUGCGUUUGAACUUGAAACUUGCAUCCCUGACCGCCGGUAUCUUCUUCACUUUAUUCUUACUGUACUGGACGAUGCAAGAAAUCAGCACACAGGCCAUCUUUCUGAUUGAAGGGCUCGCUAAAUCAUCGUCGGCUAGCGAUCGCCGUCAAGUCUUAUCGCUCGCGACAGUUGCUUUCGAUCACUACGACGUACCCGCUCAUGAUUCAACUGUGAAAGCUGGAGGCGUGCCAGUCCUUGCACUUUGGCUCGAAAAGAUAUUCCACCUACGCGCUGACCCCUAUGAUGUUGACGCUACAUGUCGAGUUUUGCUAUUCCUGCUGAGAUGUUCGGAAUCCCAAGCGGUCGUAGCACUGAGUCGUUCCGGUACCGACUUGGUUCUGGUACUUUUUCAGAUAUUACUCGACCCUGUAUAUCGUGCCUGUAUUACAGCCGACGAUACCGCCGUACCCAGCGAAAAUCCGUUUCUUUUGCUGCUCGAACGGAUUGGAAAUAUUCCAUGGCGGUUGGAGGAAACAAAACGAUCAGAUCAGCUUCUUCGGUCGCUGCAAUCAUUUAUCCGAGACACCGAUUUUCCUCACUUCGUCCGCUACCAAGCUAUCCGCCUCUUGGCAAAUUUGACGGCUUUCAGUGUCGAAAACAAACUUUUCGUCCCGCGUAGACCCAGUUUAUUGGAUGAUAUUGUGAAAGCUGCUGUCGCCAAUGAGCAAUUAUCUUUUGACGCCGCCGACAAGCGUGAUUGGGACAACAUGAUGUCGGCGUUUUUCCUUAAUUUGGGCUGGUGCGCUUGCAACGUAUCAAUUAUGCUAGCCACCAGAGGGUUUUUGGAUCUGAUGAUUGCAAUCCUAAGAAAGGGUCAGGAUUCUUCCACUUUAAAAGUCUUGGAAUGUUUUGCUAUGCUGGCCCGGGAAGCCCCUGCUAUUCUAUAUUACAAAGUUUUCUUGAGUCUAGCCUCCACCCAAGUCUACGUGAAACUUCUCUACGAGCUCUGUGCGCAUGGACGAACAAAAGAACCGCAUCAUUUCUACUGCUCCGCGGAGGAAAGCUGAGCUAUUUGAUCCAAAUGGCGAAGGGAAGCUUAGGCAACGAAGCAGCGGCACAAACCUUGAAAAAAAUCUCAAGAUACUUGAACGUUGGUCACUCCAGACACGCAGAAUUUGUUGACGGGCUCAUAGACUUAUCUAGAUCGACGAAUCCGAGAAUCCGGUUCUGCGUUGCCAAGGCAUUUGUUGAGCAAACUCGUUCUUGUUCGAACGGGUUUUAUCUGUUGCGCAUGCCUCGACCCUUGGCUACCUUGAUAUAUCUCGCGAAGGACUCAUUCACCCCAGUGAGGACAUUGUCAACGGAAGCUUUAUUGAAUCUAUCAUCGGACAGAGCAAACGCAAAACGAAUUACGUUGAACAACAGCAUUCUCCAAAUUUUUAUUGAAAGAAGUUUUCGUUUUGAUGAAGUGGACGAAGACUGUCAAGCUGCUCGGUAUGCUGUCCAAGCACUUUUACUGUUGGCGAGUCAUCGAACGACCCAGGAUAGAGUUGCUAAGCACCUUGGCAUUGUUGCAGCACUGGGC